UCCUAUCCCCACAGACCGAGUCAGAUCGGCGGACCGUUCACAGACGGGCCACAAGGAGCUUGCGUCCCGAUCGGCCGAUACUCAUUCGCGGUGAAGACAUCACAUCCGUGAUUUCGUCUCGGAAGAGUCGACUAUUGUUGACAUUUCCGGCGAAGUGAACGAGAGACUAGGAGCUUGAAGGAUCCGUCUUAUCGAAGACCGGCAGAGGCAACUCGAUUAUCAAGACUAACGCGUGCUUCUAAGAAAGAAUCUAUAUCCCGCAGAAAGGAUAUAAAUUGAAUCUGUUCUGUGAAAUCAAUACGAACACGAUACAUUUUGAUAGAAAAAUAUAUUCAUCGUUAAGAAGCACCGGGGAACGUUUUUCCAGAUUGUCAGAAAAAAGAAGGGAAGAAAGGAGUGUAAACUAAAAAAAAAGAGGGAGGAAGCAGACGAUUCUAUUUAGUGAAGAAAUUUGUGAUUGUGCCGAAGGAUGAUCUUUAUCAGCGCCACGACGUACUUCCUACUCGCCGUCGUUCUGGUGGCCUUGAUCUUGAUCGUGAUGGACCAUGUUAGAUUGAAGGAGCCGAAGAAACUGUACGACGGCGAGCAGCCGAUCGACCUACUAGAACCACCUGGACCAAAACCGUGGCCAGUUCUGGGCUCACUUCACAUUUUGGGACGCUAUGAUGUGCCUUACAAGGCCUUCGGCGACCUCGUCAAGGUCUACAACAGUCAGAUAAUCAAGCUCAAGAUGGGAUCUGUACCUUGCGUCGUCGUCAAUGGAUUGGAGAACAUUAAGGAGGUCUUGGUCACCAAGGGCCACCACUUCGACUCUAGGCCAAACUUCAUUAGAUACCAUCUCCUCUUCGGCGACAACAAGGAAAAUUCUUUGGCAUUCUGCAACUGGUCAGACGUUCAGAAGAUGCGAAGGGAAAUGCUGCGAGGGCAUACUUUCCCGCGCGCCUUCACCACGCGAUACAACCAGUUGAACGGCAUCAUCGGCGGCGAGGUGGAUUGGCUGAUUGACCAUCUGACCGGCAUUUCUGGUGUCAGCCUGCACGCCAAGCCACUGAUCAUGCACACGUGCGCGAACAUCUUCAUGAAGUACUUCUGCUCGCGAAGCUUCGGUCUCGGCCACGAUUCCUUCCGCGACAUGAUCGGCAAUUUCGACAAGGUCUUCUACGAGGUGAAUCAGGGAUACGCCGCCGACUUCAUGCCGUUCCUGAUGCCGCUCCACCAGCGUAACAUGACCAGGAUGGCGAAUUGGAGCCACGAAAUCAGAAAGUUCAUGGAGAGUAACAUAAUCGGGGAUCGUCUGGCCAGCUGGAGAUCGGUCAUACCUGAGGUGGACUACGUGGACUGCCUGAUAAAUCACAUCAAGACCGAUGCCGAGCCCAAGAUGACCUGGGAUAUGGCAUUGUUCGCGCUGGAGGACAUCGCCGGCGGUCAUUCGGCGGUCGGUAAUUUCCUCGUUAAGGUCCUGGGAUACCUGGUUACCCGACCGCACGUGCAGAAAAUAGCGCAGAUGGAGAUCGACGGGAUCGAGAUCCCAGGCAAGUUCGUCGGGCUAGAGAACAGAGGAAACAUGCCGUACACGGAAGCUAUCAUUCUCGAAGCGAUCAGGCUGAUCGCCAGUCCGAUCGUGCCGCACGUCGCCAACCAGGACAGCUCCAUAGCCGGCUACAAAAUAGAGAAAGACACAUUUAUUUUCCUGAACAACUAUGAUCUAAAUAUGUCAACGGAGUUGUGGACUUCUCCCGAAGAGUUCAUACCACAGAGAUUCGUGCAGAAUGGUAAACUGCUGAAGCCUGAACAUUUUCUGCCAUUCGGAGGCGGCCGGAGGUCUUGCAUGGGCUACAAAAUGGUUCAAUACAUCAGUUUCUCGACGAUAGCCACCCUGCUGAAGAACUUCAACAUACUGCCGGUAGAGAAGGAGAACUACAAGGUUCCUAUCGGCAAUCUGGCACUACCGGAGAAUACAUUCAAGUUUCGUUUCGAGAGACGGUAGGAUAGAAAACGCGCGACAAUGAGAAAAAGAAUGAAUCUGGUCGGAUCGAUGAGAUCGGAGCGCGAUUUUGAUUUCUCGUCUCGCGAUCCGACCACGAGCUGGGCUCCUGAAGACUUUGUCGAUUUAUCGCGGAAUGGAUAACCGAAAGAGAAGAGACCGAUUGGGAUUCGAGCGGGAAGCAAGUAAGAUAAAAACGGUUCGAUAUUAGAUUCAAUUCAACUCGCUCAACGGCUCAAUCUUGAGCACUUUUGCAUGUCGACGGAGUUUUUAUUAACAGAAUUUUAAGUUACGCGUGGCGGAGGACCAGCGGCUAAAAAGAGGCUUUUGACUCCAACGAAGCUUUAUUUACGUAGGGAGAAUUAGAUUACGAGAACGAGCGGAGGAUUUUCGAUCUCUCCGGCGCUAACAGAGCUUUACUGACAUUACUAGAUUAUUUAAGAUAGUUAAUUGGAUCGUUCUUUGACUCAUGCUCUAGACGCGAAUAUGCGCGGAGCCCAGUUUCGUUAGUCUAAAUCUUCGUUAAUUAUCUUAUUUUGGAAUCUCUCUCUCUCUUUCUUUCUCUCAUUUAAUUGAGUUACAUGAUUU